AUGAAGUUCACUCUUGCUGCCGCUGCAGCCCUGCUGGGCGCUGCUCAAGCCAUCGACGUCCAGGUCGUCUCUGUCGGCCGUAAUCCCGUCAACGAGUCCAUGGGCCUCAAGUUUUGGCCGGAAAAGGUCAAAGCUGAGGUCGGAACAAUGGUUCAGUUCCAGUUCCUUGCUGGUAACCACACCCUCACCCAGUCCGACUUCGAUCAUCCGUGCAAGCCCAUCAAUGAAGUCAACCCCAGCGCCCAGGGCAUCUUCUCGGCAUACCAGCCCGUCGCCGCCAGCGCAGCCAAGGGCGAAAUUCCCGUCUUUACUAUCAUGGUGAACGAUACCAAGCCCAUGUGGUUCUUCUGCAGCCAAGGCCCCCACUGCCAGAAGGGCAUGGUCAUGGUCAUCAACGAGAAUACCGCAGGCAACUCUACACGAUCGCUUGAAAACUACAAGAAGAGUGCUGCUGAGACUUCGCCGGGUGGCUCGACUGAGGGCGGUGCCUCCCCCUCCGAGGCGAGCACCGGCUCCAGCACAACCCCUGCCGAUGCCGAUCAAUCCCCAACAACUGGCAGUGCCUCCGUUGCUAGCGUGUCCGGCUCGAUGCUACUUGCUUUGGGUGCUGCUUUCAUACUUCUGUAG